AUGGCACCCUACAGUACCAUCCCACCGAACCAAGCAGCCUGCCGCUUUGAUCAUCGCCGCAUCCGGUAUGUUUCGUCUGACUUGGGAGAGCGCACCGCUCUACCUAUACAUGGGCAGCAUUUUGCACCUCGAAGGACUCCUACACUUCGAGAGAUCUACGCCAUGUUGAAGGGUUUGAAAGCUUUGAAAGCUUUGGGAAGCGUGAUUGCAGGCGUCUUCGAAGAGCCUGUAGUGCAACCGGUUGGUUUGGAUCGCACUCUGCGGGCUAUCGGCCUCGACGAACUCAAUGAGAAAGGCUACAUCAAUCUUCCAGACUCUGAGUUCCCCAUCGACCCUGACUUCUAUUCCAAGCCUAAGGCAGAAGAACGUGUAACCGGCGCCUAUAUCCGCCAUGUCCAUGGAUGGGAUCCUGUAAUUUCUACCGUGCACCCCCUCUUCCUCCCGCGGAGAUGGAAAGAUGUUGCCAAAGAAGACUAUGAGCCCAUGCUGCCGUCUAUUAAAUUGGCAACGAUGCAGAAUGCACAACAGCCAUUAUACACGUUCCAGAAAAUACCACUGAAGGAGCUGACCUCGAAGAACGCCGGGAAGCCGGACAGCACCUGGUCAAGCUUGUGGGACUUGAAAGAUUGCCUUACUCUCCAAUUCGCAUCAAAACUUCCAAACGGAUGUGUGGCUGUGACCGGACCUGGAACUGAACGCUCAACAGUCGCACCUGGGAAAUAUGGCGGUGCAAAGUCUGCAAACAUUCUGCUGGGUGUUCAGUUCUUGCGAGUGUUCCAGCGCAAGCUCGAGGCAAGCCAGUAUCCAGAGCCGUGGGAGCCUGGAAGCCAUGAUGAGUCUGCGCUACUGAGGACACAGUUCGCAUUCGCCGUUACAAUUGUCCACGAGGUCAUGCAUGUUCUCUGGAUCACCUCGACCCCUCCAUACGGACCUAUAGCUACACCAUCGGGUACUCCAGAGUGGGUAUUCAAUCCAGUAGAACCCUUCUUCCGUGACGGGCGAACGAAUGAGCUGGGCUCAUCUUGGGAAGACCAUGUAUUCGGUGGCAUGAUACAUAUGCUGAGUAGACCCGCAGGUGCUAUCAUGCCAUACGGGCUGGCUGCCAUUCCUUUCCCUGGUCUCAACCACGCUUACCCCGGGGAAACAAUCGACCGCCUCAACCCGCGAAAAUGGGGCAUUGAGUGGCAGACCGAGUACCCUAUCGAGAUGGAAUACAUCCGCAGAAUGUUUACCAGCGAGUUGUGGGACGAAGUUCAGAGAUAUGGCAUCAAGAGAUUGAGAAGGAAGAAGAAGUUGGGUCUUAGACGCUAUGUCGACGAAAAAGCCUUCGAGGCGCUGGCACCGGGUGAGGCUGUUCGAGGUUUACCACCGUCACCCACGGGCAGUGCGGCUAGCAUGGACGCUGAAGAAGACGAGGAUAAUGUUAUAGUCUGCAUAGAGCAGACAGAACCUCUGGGCCGUCGGCCAACAACUUAUUGUAUCCAUGAGCUGGUUGUGUACUUUGCCUUGAAAUUCAUGUUGUGCACCAUCAGCACCUCAACCAGCGUGCUAUCAAGACGUCAAUUGCCGUGCAACCGGCCCCCACUAUUUGAGGCCCAUCCACAAUAA